GAACAAGAUCGUGUUUCCGCCCCUUUCUCGCAUCGCCCGACUCACAAAUCGCUGUCGCGCACCGGCACGACCGAGUUGGCUCGUCCUUUCUCGGCACCGGACGGCGCCGGUAUCUCCAAUAUUCAUCCAUCGCCUCCCUCGCCUCUCAGCAUCUCCUAUCUCCAACCGUUCAUCUCUGCCUCUCCCCUCUACCUCUCAGCCCGCACUCUUCCUCUCAGGCAGCCCUCCUCCGUUCCUCCCUACUCUUCCGAAGCAGGAACGUUUUCCAUCAUUUUCUAACAGAGUCACAGCCACUCCUAUAUUUUGAUACAGAAGAGCAGCAAUCUGUUUCCCUUCUCGCGUGGAGCAGCUGCAAUUAUCGACCCUUUUAGCGUAUGCGAUCAGUUCCCCAGGUGAUCGAAUAUUGAAUUGCAUUGGCAAGGAGAGUUCCACAAGGACUUAUUUUGCAAUUUAUUUUUGGAUAAAUCGCAGUGGGGAUGGCUUUACCUCAAGCUAUAAAAGCUGGACUUCCCUGCAUGAAUCUUCUUAGAAUGACAGCUGUGCCAAUAUUAGAGCAACUAUAUUUGGAGGAAAGACUGCUCAGAAGCUCAGCAGAGAAUUGGUGUAUCAUUAAUCAUGGGACAAGUCUUCCCACCAUAGUCAUGGGUAUAUCAGGGAGGCCUUCAGAACUUGUUGAACUAAAGCCUGUGCUUCGUGAUCAAAUCCCUGUGAUCAGAAGAUUUUCUGGUGGAGGCACGGUUAUCAUAGACAAUGGCACACUUUUUGUCUCUUUGAUUUGCAACAAGAAUGCUAUUCCGGGGCUGCAACCUUAUCCUCACCCGAUUAUGUCCUGGACUGGGCAGUUGUAUGGUCAGGUGCUUUGUGAGUUUGGUGAUUUCCAUCUUCGUGAAAAUGAUUAUGCAUUUAAUAGUCAUAAAUUCGGUGGAAAUGCUCAGUCCAUAAUUAAAGAUCGAUGGAUCCAUCACACAUCAUUUCUUUGGGAUUAUGAUGCCAGGAACAUGGAAUAUCUUAAACUACCCAGCCGAGCUCCCAAAUACAGAUCGGCACGAUCUCAUGUAGAGUUCUUAUGCCGAAUGAAAGAUUAUGUGCCAUCAAGAACAUCUUUUAUCGAAGGCACCAUCAAGUCUCUUGGAGGCCACUUCUCGAUUAGACCGUUUGAUCUGGAUGAACUUGGUAGCCUUUCUAGUUCUUUGUCUGGUUCCACCAAACUGCUGACGAGGCAAGAAUUGGAGGAAGCAUGCACAUCUCAAUGUGUAGCCAAUAUAUAGGCUAACAACAAUGUGCAUGAAGACAGACAAGUGCUGAUUGGUCCCCCAGAUCACAUCCGUACAAGGAUACACUUAGAUGCAAUGGACACUUGUGGUUCUUGUACUUGGAUUUUGAAGAUGCUUAGUUACCACAAAUGUUCUCAGAUGCCACCCCUUAAUGCAUAAAAAUGCUUUUAAAUGACCAAUUUUACCACAACUAAUAUCUACACAUUUGGCUCUAAGAUAUUUUUGUCAUUUGUUGUUUGUUCUUGUAGUUGCAUCAUAAUGAUCUGAUAUUGCUUAUUCUUGAACUUGCCACUUGUUUCUUCAUUGGUUGCUCUUUCUUGUAUGUUCAUGAUUAGAAACUAGGCUUAUUUGAUUUUGUACAUGUAAAUCUUUUUGUUUGUAACCUCAAACUUCAUUUUAUGAAGUUUGAAUAAUACCUGUUGCUUUGAAGGCUUAAAAUCUUGUUCUAAGCUGGAGUUUUGGUUCCUUGACGGAACAAGACAUGUUGGCUGAGUCUGGUGCUAGUGUCAGUGCUAGUGGGUGUGUAGAUCAUCAACCCUAGGUGCAGGAGGAAGAGGAGUUAUGGUCUCUGUAUGCUUUGCAUCUUGGAGAGUUCCCUAUGGGUCGUCAGCUUCUUCACAUGAAGCCACACAUCGUUGCGAGAAUAGAGGAAGUGUCAUUGUAUCAUAGUGUUCUAGGUUCGAGAUGAUGGGUGGAACAAGAUGUUUUGCCUAUGUAGGCAGAAUGAUAUCUUAACUGAUGGUUAUUGUAACAUCACCUUAUGCUGGAAACUUCUAAUU